ACUUCCUGCCUGUGCGCUCCACCGCUCCAAGCGCGCGGGCUGGGAGGCGGGAGGCGAGUCAAGGUCAGCCCGGAGCUCGGUGGCAGCCUGCCUGGGGGCGGGAGACCCUCCCGGGGGGCUGGGCCGGGGCCUCCAAGCGCCUCGGCCAUAUUGAACAGCCUCGGCUGAGCAGCCUUUGUCUGCGAAGUCCUCCCCGGGUGCCUGGGGCAGGAGGGACCACGGCGGCUCGUGCGCCCCAACUCGAACUGGGACACCACGUUUCCAGCUUAGAGUGGGACUGACCUCACCCCGGCUCACGUAAGCAUCUUGGGGAUUGAGUCCCACGAGUCCUUGGAGGUGAGCCGGACUUGGUCAAGACGAUCUGCUGCAGGGGAGCCGCUGGGAGGUGCAACUCGCCCGGCUGCGCGGCUGAGACCUUUCCCCGCCUCCCCAAGACUAGGAACUACAAGUAGUUUACUUGGGCUCGUUGCCCCCCACCCGAUUUCACCCUGGAGAUCUUAAAGACUCUCGAGAAAAGCCAUGUGGGGGGCUGGUUCCCCUGGGGCUUCCUGCCGUCCCCCGACUGCCUGAUCCUCUGGAGCGUCCCCGACGUCUGCAAAGAUGUGGAUCUGGACGUCCUGGUGGAAGCCUUAAAGCCCGUGGGGACCUUCAAGAAGAUUGGCAAGGUGUUCCGGAAGGAGGAGGACUCCACGGUGGGGAUGCUGCAGAUCGGGGAGGACGUCGACUAUUUGCUCAUCCCGCGAGAGGUCAGGCUGGCCGGGGGCGUCUGGAGGGUUAUCUCCAAGCCCGCCACCAAGGAAGCUGAAUUUCGGGAGCGGCUGACCCAGUUUCUGGAAGAAGAGGGCCGCACCCUAGAAGACGUGGCCCGUAUUAUCGAGAAGAGCACCCCGCACCCGCCCCAGCCCCCCAAAAAGCCCAAGGAGCCCCGAGGAAGGAGGAGAGUCCCGCAGAUGCAGACUCCGCCUCCCCGGCUGGUCGUCGGCACCUACGACAGCAGCAACGCCAGCGACAGCGAGUUCAGCGAUUUCGAGACCUCCCGAGACCCGGCCACCGCCAGCAAAGGCGCGGGGCGCGGCAGGAAGGUGCGCAAAAUGCCCGUCAGUUACUUGGGCAGCAAAUUUCUCGGGAGCGACCUGGAGAGCGAGGAUGAUGAGGAACUGGUGGACGCCUUCCUCCGGAGAGGCGAGAAGAGGCCCAGCACACAGCCCACCCGCCGCCGCGUCAACCUUCCAGUGCCCAUGUUUGAGGACAGCCUGGGGCCCCAGCCGUCCAAGGCAGACAGGUGGCGCGAGUUUGUCAGCCAGGUGUCCUGGGGCAAGCUGAAGCGCAGGGUGACGGGGUGGGCACCCGGGUCCAGCUCCGCAGUGAGCGAAGCCCAACAGGCCCCCAGCGUAGUGGAGAGAGAUGGGGCACCCGAGCCAGGAAGCUACAGCCGGGGAGACAGCGUGGGGAACUCAGGGGAUGGGCUGGCACGGGACACCUCCAGGCGGUGGAGGCCCAGAAUCAACUGGGCCUCCUUCAGGCGUCCCAGGAAGGAGGAAGCAGCCUCCACUGCUCAAGAAGCAGAGGCCACAGCUGAGCAGAGGGCAGGGGACGCUGCUGACCAGGGGGAGGAGGCUGCAGCUGACCAGGGGGAAGAGGCCCUAGCUGAGCAGGGGGCAGGGGUCCCAGUUGACCAAGAGGCUGCGAGUGAUCAGAGGGUGGAAGCCAUGGCUGAGCAGAGGGCGGGGUCCCCAGCUGAUCAGGAGGCAGAAGCCCCAGCUAGCCAGGAAGCUGACGCCUCAGCUGCCCUGGGGGCUCCAGGGACUGCCCCAGGACCUAGAACCCGGAAACAGGUCAAGACAGUGAGGUUCCAGACCCCCGGGCGCUUCUCAUGGUUUCGCAAGCGCCGGAGAGCCUUCUGGCACGCUCCGCGGCUGCCAGCGCUGCCCAGGAGAGUCCCCAGGGCAGGGGAGGCCAGGAACCUCAGGGUGCUAAGAGCCGAGGCCAGAGCAGAAGCAGAGCAGGGAGAGCAGGAGGACCAGCUGUGAGGAGGGUGGGUUGGGGCCGUGCCCUAGACCCCCACCACCUGCCUGGCUCCAGCCUCGGCGCCACUCCCUCGCCUAAGCUUAGACCACUCCCUCGCCUAAGCUUAGGCCACUCCCUCUCCUAAACUUCCGCCGAGGGGCUUUCUGCCUCCACCCGUGAACCUGGAGGCAGAGAGGUGGGCGGACAGCGCUCCUACCGACCCUUUUCUUUUUUUGUUAAAGUUUUGUCUCGCGCAUAUAUAUUUGACAUCAUGGGAUUGUAUCACCCGUGGUUUUAACUUCCUCAAAUACAAUUCUAGGUGCUUGGCUUGAGAAAGGGAGAGAGGGUGAGGAGAGAAAUUCCUUUUUUUUCCUUUUCUUUUUUAAAGAGGUUUUUGCGUUAG